CUUUUUCAGUUCUUUUGUUCCUUUUUCUGAACUGAGAUUAAAAGCAUGCACAAUUAAUUAAUGCAGGAGUAGGCCGUUAGUGAGGAAAAUUAAAAGCAUAUGGAAGAAUAACUAGAAACUAUAUUUCUGUCCCCUCCGCAUAUAUAUCCCAUCUGUCGCGGGGCAUAUCUGAACAAGCUUUCAUUCUGACCAAGCAAGGAAUCUAUAUAAACUAUUAGAUAAAAACCAAAAAAUCUGGUCUUGCACUCUACGGAAUCUCUUCUUCAAUUGUUAUUUGUCUUUAUAUAAACCAAGCCUUAAUUCUGCUAAAGAUGGCCAGAAAGCAGAUUGGGUUCUUCUAUUCAUGGCUUUAUUCCCUUCAACUACCAGCCCAGUGGGGUAUAAAUCACAUCUCAGAGGCCCAAUAACUAAAUUCAUCUAUGCUCCUCUUAUCAGUCUCCUUCCUCAUUCAUACAAGAAAUUGCAGCCCCACCAGAAGAGUUAUUGGAAUACUAAUUUGCAAUUGAAAAUGUCUUCGUCAAUUAUAGCAUCAGCUGGUACAGAAGCUGUUGGAGAAAUAGGUGUUCAUGAUUCACGGUGUGUGGAAGAAAAGGAUCUCCUGAUUGUAGGUCCUGGGGUACUAGGCCGCUUAGUUGCAGAAAGUUGGAAGAAGGAAAAUCCAUCUUGCAGAGUUGUUGGGCAAACAAGGUCAACCGAUCACCACCAAGAGUUGCAAAAUCUUGGCAUCAAACCAUGUUUGAAGGGUACACAAACAUCUGAGCGGUUUCCUUUUGUUAUUUUCUGUGCUCCGCCAUCUGGAAGUGGUGAUUAUCCAGAUGAUGUCAGGGCAGCCACAUUGCAAUGGAAUGGGGAAGGCUCAUUCUUAUUUACAUCAAGUAGUGCUGUUUAUGCUUGCAAUGAUAAUGGAUUAUGCGUUGAGGAUUCCCCUGCAAUGCCAAUUGGGAGCAGUCCUCGCACAGAUGUUCUUUUGAAAGCAGAGAAUGAAGUGCUGAAAGUUGGUGGCAAUGUUGUACGACUGGCAGGGCUUUACACAUUUGACAGAGGUGCUCAUCUGUAUUGCCUGGAGAAGGGCACCAUUGAAGCACGUCCAGACCAUAUUCUUAAUCUUAUUCACUAUGAGGAUGCAGCAUCCCUCUGCAUAUCUAUAUUGAAAGGAAAGUUUGAAAGGCAAGUCUUUAUGGGUUGUGACAAUCAUCCUCUAUCCAGGAAGGACUUAAUGGAUUACGUAAACAAAAGUGGCAAGUUUGAAAAGAAAUUUCAUGGUUUCACAGAUUAAUGUUUUGGAAAUGGAGUAAUGAUUGGGUUGCCCAGCCAACCCAUGCUAAAGCCCCCCGGGUCUUACUAACAUGGUGUGGGUCUUAUCCUCCUAAUAAUACUCUGUUUGGGAAUGGAGUCAUGAUCGGGUUGCCCAGCCAACCCAUGCUAAGCCCACCAGGUCUUACUAACAUGGUGUGGGUCUUAUCCUCCUGGUCAUUCUCUGUUUGGGAAUGGAGUCAUGAUCGGGUUGCCCAGCCAACCCAUGCUAAGCCCACCGGGUCUUACUAACAUAGUGUGGGUCUUAUCCUCCUGAUCAUACUCUGUGCCCUUAUCAGUUCAUUAUAGCUGAUCGGAUAUUAAUU